AAAUAGCAAAACUGGAAUGCUGUCGAUGGACCUCAGAAGAUAUGGACCAUGCGAUUAAUGCAUACAAACAAAGCCAGUGUGGUUUUAAUGAGUGCUGCAGACGUUAUAACAUUCCAAAGCUGACUUUUAGAAGGCCCUUGCGCUCUUUAAAUGAAAAGGCAAAUGAUAAUGUUCAGUCGUUGGGUCGACACACAACUUUUAGCCCUGAAAUUGAAAUGGAAUUGGCAAAACUUAUUUUAAAUCUGAAAGAAAGAUUUUUUGGUGUAACAAUUCGGGAUGUUCGACGAUUGGCUUAUGAAUAGCUGUUCGGAAUGAUAUUCCACACCGUUUCAAUAUCAAUAAGGAAAUGGAGGGAAAAUGAUGGUAUUAUUAUUUUAUGGACCGACAUCCUGAACUGUCACUUAGACAACCAGAGAAAAUCUCCAUAUCCAGAGCAACUGGGUUCAACCAAAAAAAACGUCCAUGAGUUUUUCGAUAUUUUAGAAAAAUGUUUUGAUGAAAACGGUUUAACGGCUCAACAAAUUUAUAAUGUUGAUGAAACUGGAUUUUCAUCAGUUCAGAAGCGGAAUCAAAAGAUAAUUGCACGUAGAGGAAAGCACCAAGUUAGAGGUCUAGAAACAUUUAUAAGAAGCAAUCCUGGUAACACUGUUUCUCAAUACAACAUGACUGGAUUGCUUUCUGAUGCCUAUGCAAAAACAGCAUCAAUAAGCACUAUCAUGAAUGGUUUCAAAAGAACUGGAUUAUGGCCGGUUGACCGCACUGUAUUUUCUGAGACAGAUUUUAUCGCUGCUAAUGCCGUGCUUGAAAAUGAUUCAGAAAAACCAAGUGAGCCUAAAGACGAUGCUACUGAGCCACCAGUUUACAGUGAUAGUACUGAACAAAACAAACAUUGCAACAGAACGGGUCUCAAUACCUCUAUUGAAGAAAUUUACCCUCUACCCCUCCAGAGUGACAAACCGGAUUGUUGUUGGGAUGUAAACAAAUCCCCGAGGCGAAAAUUUCGAGAUUGA